AUGGCCACAUGGCAGGCUUCAGUGCGAAGCAACUCUGCUGAAUCGGCGCAGGCAGCAGCUCUUGCGACAGCAAGCUCACAAAAAUGCGCCGCCUACCUGCCAGCGUUUGGCUUCCUGGCAGAGAACAACGAACUCUGGAGCCCAAAGCACAUUGCAAGGGUAAAGCUGGAGGCCCAGCCGAUGCUUGAAAUCGUGGUUCGAGGCCAUGAGGAGCUAGGCUCGCAUACCUGGUAUAUCCUGGACUGCGCAGUUUGGCGACCCUGCCUGGAAUUUGCACGCUCCGAGUGGCGAUGCUAUCGCCGGCUAUCUCACUUGCGGCAAGGUAUGCACGAUCCUAUCAAGGAGAUCAUGGGUUCUGCCUACGAGCACUUCUCAGCCACACCCUUCGCAGGGCUUGGCGGGCGCAGUGGGACGACCGCACGCCUCAGGAGUUGGUGCCAGACGCUGUGCCGCUGCAUCAAUGCCGCUGAAGCGCCUCCUCUCGUAGCGGCCAUCACGUUGCAGUUGCUAGCUGCCCCGUCCAAGGAUGUUGCCAUGAUCGCCUUGGCCCGCACGUGUCAGGAGGAUGAUCCCGGUGAUUUGGGCAGCAUCUCCAAUGCAUGUGUGAUCGUCGUCUUCUUCCUGGCCCCGACAGUGAGAGGAUUUGCAGAGGGGUCCUGGAUCAGCUUCGAGUGGCUGCCUCGGUUGCUGGAACCAGAUGGCUCAGGGCAGUGGGUGCGCUUCAACGAAGCAGCCUCGGUUCUGCUGGAAGUGUGGGCAGAUUGUCUGGGCAACACCACAACGGCAUCCACACCACCCUUCGCGCAGGCGUGCCAGUCCUUUGGACGCUUGGCACAGGUCACAGGAGCGUUUGCUUCUGACGAGCUUCCCCUCUGGGAGUGUGCUGUAAGUUUCUCGUUUUUGCAGGCUUCCAGAUUCACUGUCUUACGGCCUUCUGUCAGCUAUGAGCUGAUUCUUCGGCUGGCAGAGAACGGCAACCUUGCCAGCAACGCCGACAACAGUUGGAUGGCUCAGCUUUGGCAGCAAACUCCUGCAUCAAAUGUCUCAGAGACGAGCGGACCUUCAGCCAAGGAGAUGCUGCUGCCGCUCUAUGGCAACCUGGUGCCACAGAUGCCACAGGACAGGCUGCUGGUGAUUGACACGACCUGGUUGGAGACCAAGGGGCUGGUCGUUGGAGUGUCUGAAGCUGCCGUGUUGCUGUCAGACGGGCGAUUCGGCAAGACUGCCGCGGCAGCGUUGCGGAAUGCUCCAGCCGAUGAUCGUCCACGGCCAAUAUCCAGAGCAGAGUUGCAGGAACUCGUCUACAAGACGAACAUUGGCGGCUAUCGACUCGCAGGGGCCACAGCCGCGUUUGGUGUCGGUGCCCGGCUCUCUAGCCAGUCGGACUUCACUUCCUUUGUCGCAGGUAUGCAACUGGGUUUUGCGACUUCACUUCGGCUGGCAAGCAUUCGGGUCUCCGCGCCACCCCACUUCAUCUUUUCCUGCGAUGAGCUUGAGCCCGGAAACACGCGCCUUGCGGAUGCUUCAGCACCCUUGCCAUGCAGAGUUCUUGCGAGCCCCUUUGAGUCAGCCAUUUUCUUGCAGGGUCCACGACCAGGAGGGCCCAGUGGCUAUGCGGCAGGCAUGCAUUGGUGGUUCGGUGGUUUGGUUCGAGUGGACUUCCAGUCUGGGUGGCCAGAAGAAAGGCAGCACUGGGAGGUGGAACUCUCAGAUGACACCGGUGACCUUCGCCUUGCUGCGUCACCUCGGACGGCGCCUGGGUUGCUCGAAGCCUGGCUGCUGGAAGUGGAGCUCAGCCCCAGCUUCACAGGCAUUGGUGACACUACUUUUGCAGAUCUACACUUUUCCAUCCGGUUCUUCGACCCGCUGGACUCAAAUUCAGUUCCUCCACAGGAAAUAUGGAAUGCGAGUACAGGCCGCCUGCAGCUGUUCCUUCAGGGACCUAGCAGCGUGCCCUUUGAUCGCGCCGAAUUUGCUGAAGGCAGUUGUAUAGAAGCCGGCGCUGACAUUUUCUUCCCAGAUGAUAGCUACUUGGGCCGACCCCCGGCUGAUUGCACCCAUUUGCGCUUGGACCGGCAGCUGCAGGAUCUUACCGAGGCCGCCGCCACGAGCGUGGCCCCACGGCGGCUGAAAGGUCAACUCCGUAUGGCGCUGACCCUGACAUCCAUGUGCAGGCAGCCGAUGCCUCCAUGUGCGGAUUUCUUUUCCCUGCAGCUAGGGCAGGAGCAGCCGCUUUAUGCUCGUGACCAUGGGCUUGCCAGGCAGCUAGCGGCAGGACAGAUUGGCACUGAGCAGGCCAUGUCUGCACGAAUCCAGGCCUGGAAGCAUCGCAUGUCGGUUGAGCACUCAAAAUUCACCUCGCCGCAGUCAAAGCAAACUUGUCAAGCAAAAUCAUUGCCCAACAGAAGCUGGCACAAGCACGAUCUCAAAUAG